GGCCUGCGCUGGGCCGCGGGAGCCCGGCUCCCUCCUCGCACCGCGCAGCCCUGGGAUCGGGGCUGGCUCCCGGACCCCCACCCGGCGGCCGCGUCCCGGGCGCGCGCGGGCGACGUGGGGAGUGGGCCGGGCGCGUGGCGGGCCCCGUGUGCCCUCGCGCAUCCCCCGCUCCCGGGCGCAGCUGGCGCGGUCGGUGUAGUGCAGCGCUCUGCUCCUCGCCCCGGGCGCUCGGCUUCACCUUCAGAUGCGCGGGGCGUGCGCGUCCUCCACCCCGCGUCCUCCGCCACCCGGCCAAGGUGCUCAUUGCCAUCUCCCAGUCCCCCACCGGGAACAUGCACCUCCUGGUCGCAGGUACAUCUCGUGUCACCUUGGAGCAGCAGAAGCGCCUCUGAGAAUGGAGAGAUAAGACGCUGUUCUUUCAGGCCUGGUGAGAAAGCUGUGACCCUAAGCCCACCAUACGUCCCAAUGGAUCGCAACAGAGAGGCUGAGAUGGAGCUGAAGAGAGGGCCCAGCCCGCCCAGGGCCAGCAGGAGCCAGGAGGUGGACGGGGACAAGGCUGCAUGCCAUAGCUGCUGCAUCUGUGGCAAGAGCUUCCCCUUCCAGAGCUCGCUGUCACAGCACAUGCGCAAGCACACAGGAGAGAAGCCCUACAAGUGUCCCUACUGUGACCACAGGGCGUCCCAGAAGGGCAACCUCAAGAUUCACAUCCGGAGCCAUCGCACAGGGACUUUGAUUCAGGGACACGAGCCAGAGACGGGUGAGGCACAGCUGGCGGAGAUGCGCGUGUCUGAGGGCCUGGACGGGUGCGCCAGCCCCACGAAAAGCACGUCAGCCUGCAACCGCAUCCUGAAUGGGGCGGCACAGGUGGACAGCAGCAAGAUCCUGCUGCGGAGCAGCCGGAAGGAAGUAGAAGGGGCGGCUGGUGCCGUGGAGGAGGCUGAGGCCGCGGCCCAGUGCUCCUUCUGCAAGAGCCAGUUCCAGCGCAAGAAGGACCUGGAGCUGCACGUGCACCAGGCCCACAAGCCCUUCAAGUGCAGGCUGUGUAGCUACAUGACCUUGCGAGAGGAGUCGCUGCUGAGCCACAUCGAGCGGGAUCACAUCACUGCGCAGGUGCCCAACGGUGGCGAGGCCUGCGUGGAGAACGGCAAGCCCGACCUGAGCCCUGGAGAAUUCCCCUGCGAGGUGUGCGGCCAGGCCUUCAGCCAGACCUGGUUCCUGAAGGCGCACAUGAAGAAGCAUCGGGGCUCCUUUGACCAUGGCUGCCACAUCUGUGGCCGCAGGUUCAAGGAGCCGUGGUUCCUCAAGAACCACAUGAAGGCACAUGGCCCAAAGACAGGCAGCAAGAACAGGCCUAAAAGUGACCUGGACCCCAUUGCCACCAUCAACAAUGUGGUCCAGGAGGAGGUCAUCGUCGCAGGCCUGUCUCUCUAUGAAGUCUGCACCAAGUGUGGAAACCUGUUUACAAACCUGGACAGCUUGAAUGCCCACAACGCCAUACACCGCAAGGUCGAAGCCAGCCGGAUCCGUGCCCUGGCCGAGGAGCCGUCCACUGAAAGUCCCCUGGACACAAAGCAGUUCUUCCUACAGUGCCUGAACCUGAGACCAUCUGUCGCUGGUAACGUGUCCCCUGGUGGGCAGGCUGGAAGGCGGGUGGCUGAGCUGGACCCCGUCAACAGCUACCAGGCCUGGCAGCUGGCCACCAGGGGCAAGGUGGCCGAACCGGCUGAGUACCUCAAGUAUGGGGCGUGGGACGAGGCGCUGGCCGGGGAUGUGGCCUUUGACAAGGACCGACGUGAGUACAUCCUGGUGAGCCAGGAGAAGCGCAAACGUGAGCAGGAUGCACCGACCACACAGGGCCCCCCAAGAAAGAGGGCAGGCUUGCCAGGGGACCCCACGCCUCCUGGCCACUUUGAUCCCCGGCCAGCCGCACGCCCGACCCGCCGGGCCGCGGCUUCAGCUGGCCAUGGCAAGUCCUCAGAGUGCUUCGAGUGUGGCAAGAUCUUCCGCACCUACCACCAGAUGGUGCUGCACUCCCGUGUACAUCGCCGUGCCCGCCGAGAGAGGGACUCCAACGGGGACAGGGCACGUGCCCGCUGUGGCUCACUCAGUGAGGGUGACUCAGCCUCUCAGCCCAGCAGCCCCAGUUCAGCCUGCGCCACUGUUGACUCUCCAGGCUCUGGCCUGGCCGAUGAGGCUGCUGAUGACAGCGGGGAGGAGCCCAUACCUGAACCAGCACCAGGGGGACAGCCGAGGCGCUGCUGCUCUUCGGAAGAGGCAGCAUCCACUGUGCUCUCCAACGGAGACCAGAGUCACAAACUUGGAAAUAACCUACCAGGAAAAGACACCAGCGAGUCCAAGGUGGGGAUUGCAACUUCUGUGUCCAUACUUGAAAACAGUAGCAGAGAGACUUCCAAACGUCCUGAACAACAUAGAUUUUCUCUUGACUUAAAGAUGCCAGCUUUUCACCCCAAGCAGGAGGUGCCCAGCUCUAGUGACGGUGUGGACUUCCCUCCUAGUGCAGAGGGCGCUGACCUGCAGCUCACGCUGGAGAGCCAGGCCGGGAACCCUAAAGACAAGCUGUCUGAUUUGCACAAUAAGGAGCAUUCUGGGGGAGGAAGAAGUGUACUGGCCCCAGACCUGGUCCCUCUCGAUUUAAGUGCAAGGUCGACCCGGGAUGACUCCAGCAAUAAGGAAGCGGCCUCUUCUCUGCAAGCUGCUCUGGUCAUUCACCCAUGUCCUUACUGUAACCACAAGACCUACUACCCAGAGGUCUUAUGGAUGCACAAGCGCAUCUGGCACAGGGUCAGCUGCAGCUCCAUGGCCCCCCAAUGGACUCAGCCCAAUGGCUACAAGAGCGUAAGGAGCAACUUGGUGUAUCUUGCCCGGAGUGGAAGAACAGGACCUCCGCCUGCCCUCGGGGGCAAAGAGUGCCAACCCCUGCUCCUCGCUCGCUUCACCCGCACUCAAGUGCCAGGCGGGGUACCUGGACCCAGAGGCAGUUCUUCUCCCCUGGGAGUGACCACGAAAGCGGCUAGCAUGCCUAAGAAUAAGGAGAGCCAUUCCAUAGGCCCCUGUGCACUGUGGGCAGCUGGCCCCGAUGGGUAUCGACAGACAAAGCCCAGCCAAGGCCAGGAGCCCUCGAGUGCUUCAGUACAGGGGCCCCUGGCCAAACCCAAACUGGAGGCCAGCUCCAAGCCAGUACCUGCCCCGGGCAGUGGAGGCCUUGGCAGGAGUGCCACUCCCACGCCCUCUGUCAUAACCCGGGUGGGUGCCCAGCCCUUGGCCAGCAGCAAGACAGUGGAGAAUUUUGGGAUCCCGUCAGUGGGGGCUGGCUUUGCCCCUCCAAGUAAGCACAGUGCCCCAGACUCCCUGAAAGCCAAAUUCAGCCCUCAGCCUCAGGGUCAGCCUCCUGCGAAAGGUGAAGGGAGCCCACCCCUACCUCCUCGUGAGCCCCCGUCGAAGGCGGCCCAGGAGCUGAGGACGCUGGCCGCCUGUGCUGCGGGGUCCAGAGGUGAUGCAGCACUGCAGGCCCAGCCUGGGAUGGCUGGUACCCCCAUCUUACACUCCAUCAAGCAGGAGCCAGUGACUGAGGGCCAUGAGAAGCGCUUGGACAUCCUCAACAUCUUCAAGACAUACAUUCCAAAGGACUUCGCUACACUCUACCAGGGCUGGGGUGUCAACAGUCCUGGGCCAGAGCACAGAGGGACACUCCGGACACAGGCCCGCCCAGGAGACUUCGUCUGCGUGGAGUGUGGGAAGAGCUUCCACCAGCCCAGCCACCUCAGGGCCCACAUGCGAGUGCACACAGUGGUGUUUGAGUGUGACGGUCCUCGAGGUUCCGAAGUUCACACAGCCUCCACGGAUGCCCCCAAACAAGGGAGAGACCAUGCUAACACAGGGACUGUGCAGACAGUGCCCCUCAGAAAGGGAACCUAGAGACUCGCUCCAGCACCCUGGGCACCCUGCGAUGGCCGUGGCAGUGUCCGCACAGAUGUCCCGGCAGCCUCCCCGCCCUAUGACCGCCUCGAGGAGGAAGAACUGCAGGUCUCCUGCUCGAUGCCUCAGACCGCUGAGCUGCUGCCCUGGAGUGGAGACUGAGGGAGAUGCCUCUCCCCACUAGACGUUUAGAGCAGCAACAGCGCUGUGCCUGUGAUUCCCUGUAGAUCCCACAUGUGCUUUCCAAGUGGAGCCCAUAUUUUCUUACCAUAAGCAGUGGUACUGGCAGGCACAGUGGGAGCUCGAGGCAUCUGUGUUAUUCAAGACAAAUUCGAGACACUGGAACAAAGAUACUUGUGUGUGUUGAAUGGAGCGGAGAAGCUCAGCACUGUAGGAGGAGCUCCUGUGCUCAGAAAGACUGCCGUGGUGAUGUCAGAACAGUGAUGGUCUGAGGUUGAUGAAGUAUUAGCACUACUGCCUCUCCUUGUCUUAGUGGGUAUUUAAAAUAAUAAAGAGAGGACGGAGGUAGCAGUCAGGUGCUGGGGGAAAUCAGAGUGGAGUAGGGGCGAUGAUAAGAUCCUAAUCAGUCACAGGUUCGACCCCAUCACCCUUGGGGCCAUUGCAUUUCCCGUGUACUCGCCCUGCAUUCCACCCUCCGUGCUGAGUGUGGCAGAGGAAACACGUCUGUGGGAAAGUAUAUGUUCUGCUUUGGAAAAGAGAGCUAGUUGAACACUAAGAAGAGCAGGCUUCUUUGUUUAUUCUCAGGAUCUUUUUGUAACAGGGCUACAUUCUGCAAACUGCUCACAAAGGAAGACUUUGCGUCUUAACAAAUUACUUAGCCACUGAAUCCUCCCGACUGGGGCCUGUUUUAUUAAUGUUGGAAGAAUCCCUGAGCAGAUUUGGGGGCCCUAGAUCACUAGGGUACUAAUGCUCUGGAGCCUUCUGCUCUCCACCUCCCCUGCCCCACCUGUCUCCUGCCCCACCCCAGCAAGUAGGUGUCUUUUCUCCUGGGGCCCAGUGACCUCCACAGGAUGAGUAACUUCAUUUAUUGAGUGUGGGGGUCACCAGGCCCUUGGGUGGGAAACGGCUUUAUAUACCUCUUCCUCAGUAAUGCAAAUGCAAGUUUUGGUGGUGGGGGUUAAGGCCCAUAACAAAGGAUCUUAAACCAUGCAGUGUACGCAAAUUUAAAUUGUAUUCUACAGAUAUAAAUAUUUUCUUUUCCUAUUGCCGUGACACUAUGUGUGAUGGUAAUAUUUCUGAGAGUUUCAGAUUUUUGCACAUAUGAUUUUAUGCAUUAUCAAAAGUUACUGCUGCCUUGAAUGAAAAUGUUCUGUGAAAUUUUUUGCAAAAGCUUUACUAGGUUUUUUUUUAAUUGUGAAAUUUUGUAAAGGCAGGAAAUGAUUAAAAUGAGCAUGCUAAAUAUA